CUUUAAAACAAGAUUUUGACUACAUUGCGGACCUAAAGCUUAUCUCAACCAAAUCAAUCAUGGUGAAAUCUGUAAGGAUAUGUCAACAUGGUUAGGGAGUUGAAGGCAACCAGAACGAACGUUAAUGUGAUGAUGAGUUCACUUAAAAAGGAUCGGAUAGAACAGUGGUGAUCUGUUAUCCAGUCUUUUUUUCUUUCCAUCCUUGGAUUUGUGUACGAUUGAUCCUUAUCAAACAACUGUUGAAUAGGCAGUUCAGCUAGCCGCUAUCAACAAUUAAAGAGUCUCACAAGUAGGAGGAACCGUGAACAAGUGGGAUAUAUCCUAUAAUCCUAAUGUCAAUUUUGACCUGACCUGUUUUACCCAAAUUGUUUGGUCUAAUUUGGGGUGGAUCCGACCCGCUCCGUAGGCAGGGUGGGGCGGGCAUGGGUACUCUUAUCGACUCGACCUGUUCUAACCAGCCCCAUUCGCGACCCGUUCUUGCCUAAAUUACUUGUAAUCUUAGUCAAAUUACUUAGAAUUUUCCUUUUAUUACAUCAUAUUUUAACUAUAAUAAAGUUGUAAAUUAGUGAAAACCUCAAUUUUUCCAAUAAUUUAACUACUCUUAUCAUAAUAUUGUUUGUUUUCUUGGUCUUAUAAUAAAAAUAACGAAUAUUACUAAUGUUUUUUUUAUAUAAAUUGCAUACUCAUUGGGUCGACUUGCCCCGACCCGCAACCCAUGAUAAAUUACCCGACCUGCCACGGGUGGGUCUGGGUACCAAAAAAACCCACCCCGGACCAGCCCAGUGCCAUUCCUAUGGUUGCUAGCCCUUUGUUCUCAAUUCAUAUCUCCAGUUUUGAUAUUUCUUGUGAGACAAGGUGAUGAUACUGAUAGCUAAAGCACAAAGCUGGAAGUAUUAAUUCAAUUUUUCCAGCUGGGGAUUGUGGAGGAAAAAGCCAAUCUUAGUAGCACAGUCUGUUUACAUACGCUAUAACCCCUCAACUACUUCCUGUAUUCCAUUAUAUUGUUGUCCUUUUUUGCCAUAGAAGAAGAAGAAGAAGGAAGACUUAAAACAAAAUAGAGAGACUGAACCGUUUUGAAAGUUUGAAUUCUGACCCAGUUUCUCAUUCAAUGAAGAAUUUAAAGCAGCUUGAUGGGUUUCCAACUACACCACCAAAAGCCAAAGUUGGUGCUCGCAUUUACUUCUUGCCAACCACCUCCCUCUCUCCUUACUUGCAUAUAAUCCUCUGUCCCCUAAGCACAUCCUUUGAAGCUGCACAAACCAGUAAGUAAGUAAGUAAGUAAACAGUAACGUUGGAGAAGCUCCAGAAUCAUCAUGGCUAGAGAGAGGGAUCUGCUGUCCACAGAGAUCGUCAACCGUGGGAUCGAGUCUUCAGGUCCCAACGCAGGCUCCCUGACGUUCUCUGUUAGGGUUAGGAGGAGGCUGCCUGAUUUUCUCCAGUCAGUGAACCUCAAGUAUGUGAGGCUGGGUUACCAUUACCUCAUCAAUCACGCCAUCUACUUGGCCACCAUUCCUGUUCUGGUGCUUGUGUUCAGUGCUGAGGUUGGAAGCCUCAGCAGGGAAGAGCUGUGGAGGAAGCUGUGGGAGGAUGCUCGCUAUGACCUCGCGACUGUGCUUGCUUUCUUUGGCGUUUUGGUCUUCACGCUCUCUGUCUACUUCAUGUCUCGCCCCAGGUCCAUUUAUCUCGUCGAUUUUGCCUGCUACAAGCCUCAUGAUGAUCUCAAGGUGACCAAGGAUGAGUUCAUAGACUUGGCUCGCAGGACGGGCAAGUUCGACGAGGCAAGCUUGGAAUUCCAGAAGAGAAUUCUGCAUUCCUCAGGGAUUGGGGACGAGACCUACAUUCCCAAAGCUGUCAUGGCUCAGGAGAACUGCGCGACGAUGAAAGAGGGUCGCGCAGAAGCUUCAAUGGUGAUGUUUGGUGCACUCGACGAGCUGUUUGAGAAGACGAGGAUCAGGCCCAAGGACGUUGGCGUCCUGGUGGUGAACUGCAGCAUCUUCAACCCGACGCCGUCCCUCUCGGCCAUGAUCAUCAACCACUACAAGAUGAGGGGCAACAUCCUGAGCUACAAUCUGGGAGGAAUGGGCUGCAGUGCCGGGAUCAUAGCCAUGGACCUGGCUCGCGACAUGCUCCAGGCCAACCCGAAUAGCUACGCCGUGGUGGUUAGUACGGAGAUGGUUGGAUACAAUUGGUACUCUGGCAAGGACCGGUCGAUGCUCAUCCCCAACUGCUUUUUCAGGAUGGGUUGCUCUGCGAUCCUCUUGUCGAAUCGCAGGCGCGACUACACGCGUUCGAAGUACCGUCUCGAACACAUAGUUCGAACCCACAAAGGUGCCGAUGAUCGCAGUUUCAGGUGUAUUUACCAAGAAGAGGAUGAAGAGAAGCACAAGGGGCUGAAAGUGAGCAAAGAUCUGGUUGAAAUAGGAGGAGAAGCCUUGAAAGCCAACAUCACCACUCUAGGUCCUCUGGUGCUGCCAUUCUCAGAGCAGCUCCUCUUCUUUGCAACCCUUGUGUGGGGCUACUUGUUUGGUAAUAACCAGAAGAAGCACAAAGGCAGUGGCAGUGGAGGAGGUCAUCCAUCGUUAGCAGCAGCGGCGUCUUCUUCGAAGCCAUACAUCCCGGACUACAAGCUGGCGUUCGAGCACUUCUGCGUCCACGCUGCGAGCAAGACGGUGCUGGAUGAGCUGCAGAGGAACCUGGAGCUGAGCGACAAGAACGUCGAGGCGUCGAGGAUGACGCUGCACAGGUUUGGGAACACGUCGAGCAGCAGCAUAUGGUACGAGCUGGCGUACCUGGAAGCGAAAGAGAUGGUGAGGAGAGGGGACAGGGUGUGGCAGCUGUCGUUCGGGUCCGGUUUCAAGUGCAACAGCGUGGUGUGGAAGGCAAUGAGGCGGGUGAAGAAACCUGCAAGGAAUCCAUGGCUUGAUUGCCUUGACAGGUAUCCUUUCCAAGCUUAGAAAUAGCAAGCUGGUGAGGAGGGGGGGAAAAUUGCAUGUGACAAUUACUGCAUCAAAGCAUAUUCUUGAGAAGGGCACACUCACACACAUGGGUUUGGAUUCGGUUUUCUUUUCAAAGUAGACUUGUUAUGAGCAAUUAAAGCUUGCAGCUCUUUGUUUUUUUCUUCUUCUUCUUUUUCCGUUGUUGGUUUAUGUACCUUGGGUUUGGAUUUAAAACAGGCAGUGGAGGGUAUUUAGCAAAAGGAGGAACCUGCCCUUCUGGAUAUAUCUAUGAAAAAAUCCAAUUUUAAAGUGAUAGGGUGAUCUUGCAUUUUGGGAGGAACUGUAACUUUAAUUGGGUGCUUCAUUCAAGGUUAAAAAAAAAGUUAGGCAUAAGGCGAGCGUUGAGACACUGUUUAGCGCCUAGCAUGCUUAGGUGUUGCCUAGGCGUGCCUAACCGUUAGAUGUUAAAGUAACAACAUAUCUCACACUUGUCUGGAAUCACAAGUUUGUGAACCAAUAUUAUCACAUGUACCUCUCAUUUCUAAAUCUUCAUCAACAACACUUGAUAAAGUGUAAAAUACAGCGUGGGGAAAUGAUAAAGGAAGAAACAACCCGAUCCUUUUAAAAACCCAAAUCCAUAACUCGAACCAAAAUUGGGUUCUCCGGAGCAACCCAAACCAUGUUUAAAAGUCAAACAAAAAACAACAAUGAUAAUGUUUAAUAAUCUCAGGUGAAAUGCCCUAAACACUUGGGUGACUUCAAUCCAAAAGCAACAAAACACAAUCCUUGAGUUUCCCCGUAUACUCAUAAAGACAUGAAAUAGAGACAGAUAUGAUAAAAAAGGUCUCAUCUCGUUACCCCGAUCCUUCUAACAUCUUCAAAUUUGUCGCGGCUGCUCUCCUCGAGUAACCUCCUCUUGAUGGGUACAUCCUCUUCCCCUCUCUACACUGAAGGGGUCAAUCUCGUCGUUACUUUUUAAGGUCUUUGCCCUAAGAAAAACCUUAUUAACACAUUAUUUGAAAUUUUCUUCCUAGCACGAAAACCAAUCUCGCUUUCUGGCCUUAAAUAAUCAUUUCUUUCUAGCUUAUUAAAGAUCUCAUCUCUACUUCUAUGUUGAACUCAUAUAAGUUCUCUACUUCUAUCUCCGACUCCUAUACACGACUUUAGGAACCACCGCUACGUCUCGCCGUUCGGUGUCCCUACCUUGGCAAUGGUACUGCGUUACGUAUCGUCUUCCAGUAGCAACUCAAAUCCUCGAUCAACUGCUGCGUUGCGUAUCGCCAUCCAGUUGUGAUCCGAACAUUUACCGCGCCCAAUAGUGGCCCAACCGCUCGGGGCUUCAUCUUACCACUAACCAUACAUUACAAACAUACAUUCUCAUACAUAGCAAAACGCGUUCCUCCAUCUUAAGUAGGCGGUGGGAUGCCUCACACACAUAAUCGCGCAUAACUAAAAAUUUUACGAAACUACUAUAAGUAAAUGCAUAAACUAAAGGACCUCGAGAGAGAUUUUACCCCCUUGACACUCACCUUAAAAAGAUAACACAUUGAUUUUUUACUCGACAAAGUUCCUCCUUAGCCGUAUUAUCUCGGGAAACCUAUUAAUAAGAAGUUCAUUUUCUUAUACGACCUUUCUCGAUUUAAAACCCCUUUUUAUCUACCAGAGCCCCCUCUCCUCAAAGUCCCACCCUCAAAACUCUUUUCAAUGAUCUCUUAACCCCCUUUAAAAAUUUUCUAAAAAUAAUUCCUUCAUAAACCGACCCUUUUCUAAUUAAUUCCGCCUUGGGCGAAUUUUUCACCUAACUUGAACAUUUUUAAGAAUUCAGAUAAUAAUUUUCCCAUGUCUAGCAUGAGAACAUAUAUCCUGAAAAAUUAUCAGAUCCUCGAAAACUACUCAACAUUAUUUUUAUUUAAUUAAAAUCAACCUUUGAAAAUUUUCUAAAAAUAGUAAUUCAUCUUCAAAAAUCCCCAAAUUAAAUCAAAGGUAUCUC